CCCAGCCGCAAAUCAGAGAAAUCCAGUCGCAAGUCGGGGAAGAGGCAUUCCGACAGGCCCCACAAGUUUUGCUCCUUUGUGCGGCUAUGUGCUCUGGUCAGAAUGUAACGAAAUCAGACAACAGUCAGGAGAUCAUCGAAGUGAAGGUCUUGCCGCAGUCGACCGCAUCCGAACCCUCCACUGGUUCCUCCAGCUCCACCACCGCCGCACCCACUACCACGACUCCCAAGCCGAGAGGCAAUCCUACAGCCAAGUCCGCCAUAAAGGUGCAAGAAAUCGAGGAGGAGGACGACAACUUCCACCACGAUCGUCUUCCCGCCUUGUCAGAGGAUGAGUACAACAACCUGAGUGAAGACGCCAAUCCGCUGCACUUCCUCAAGCAGCAGCCCCUGGACCUUGAAAAUGAGGAGGUGCCACAAAAACCUGAAAAAACAGAGCUGCAGUUGCCAGAAUCUCAAGCCGAGAGUAAGCCGGAUUCGCAGGUGGCGGCUUCACCAUCCGCCGGUUCGCCCAUCUACAUAACCAUUCCAAUUUAUAUCAGCACGGGUGGCAAAAUGCCCAUCACUUUGACCAUUGGAGAUCAGGAAUUGUCACUGAAAAAGGCCAGCAACAGGAAUCCCUCCACCAAGUCACCGAACUCAUUCUUCAAUCGCUUGCUGCAGCAGAUUGAGCCUCCCAAGCGGCGCACCACCAAUCGCCAUCGCAGCCAGCUCAGGAGUCCCGUGGAUGCGAUGCAGGAGGUGGGCAGUAAGCGGAAGGAUGUCAGGAUUCUCAAGGAUUUUCUGUUUAACCCAAUGCAAUAAGCUCGAUCGAACACAGAUUAUGGCGUACAAUUUAUAGUUAGCAAUAAAUAGGUGACAAUAAAUAGCUGAGG